ACUGUAUUCUAACACGCGUGAGAUUCACAACUCAAGAUAAUACACACGUGGAUUUGACUACAGUAUUCUCUUCUAGGUCCACAAGAUAUUUUCCGUGAUAAUUGCACAAUCAAAUUGGACGUUUUCUAUAACUGAAGGAUAACAAACAGAUUAUUUCAUAUUAAUGAUCGUCGGAAGCAAUAGAACUUCGAAGAAUGGAAUCACAACUUUAAAUCAAAUAAAUUAAUCUCCAAAACAACUUAGAUUAAAAUUAAAACCUAUCAAUGUCUUUAAGAAAAAUUCAUCGAUGAAUAAAUAAACAACAAGUGCGAGCAAACCACUUAAGGCACUGAUCCGAAAUCCCCCCGGAUGGUUUGAGCUCCUGCCAAAUGAGAAUCAACUGCCUCCGUGAGAAGGAAAAAAUACAGACGAACAUAGAACGAACGCCGAAAACUAUUAUUGGACGUUAAUUAUGACGCUCUCCAAGGUAGUGGUGGGAAAAUAUUAUCUCGUAAAAUAGAUACAGAGACUCGUUGGAGAGGCACUGGAGCCUCCCGGAGGGAUGAAACAUGAGCUCCAAAGUGCGGAAGACUCCAACUUUCGUUCAUCAAUAAUGGAAUGUCGAGGGGGAAUUGUCAAUCAUUCGAAAAAUGCCUAGGUACCUUCGGACUAGCACCGACCAUUCGCGUGGAUAAUUUUAGUCGUCACCUCAGCAGAAAUCCUACCGUUUCCCGACGAAAUAAUCCCCAGACUAUCAAGAUGGAUUUAGCCAGAGAGUUGAUAUGCAUGAUGAAAUCCAAAUGUAAGUCUCACGUGGGAUAUGGUUUGCAAGCCGAGUGUGAGGGUCUAGUGGGUCAUAUUCUGGAGAACAUGGCGAAAUCACAGAUGCCAGUCCUCCGAAUAGAUAAGAAGAGCGACGAAACGUCCAUGAAAUAUCGAGAAGAAGGAAAUGAGUAUUUUGUCGCUGGAGACGAUGUAAAAGCGAUUGAGACCUACACAAAGAGUUUAGCAUACGCAAAAACCAAUGAACAGAUGGCAUAUGCCCACGCGAAUCGUUCGGCUGCCCUUUAUCGCAAGAAAAUGUACAAAGAAUGUAUUAUGGAUGUGAAGGAGGCUUUAGAACUCGAUUAUCCCGAGGAGAAGCGCAAGAGGCUGGAGGAGAGGGGACUGAAAGCUAUGGCAGAGCUCGCCAAGCUCCUGAAUAUAAAGUCAGAUGAAGCUGAUGAAGACAUUGAGAAUUGCCCAUUCACCCAGUUGGGCUCUUCCCAAAAGAGAAAAUUCCCUCUGAUAUCGGAAGGGGAGGCGGACGGUGUGUCCAAGAAGAGUCAGGAGAUUCAGUUACCCAAGGCGAUAGUAGAGCUUUCAGACCCCAAUUCUUCAGGGACGUUCGUGAAGCCCAGGUACCUCCAGCAUUCGGAAUACAUGUCCUUUCCUUACGGACCAAGUGCUGAGGCUCCAGCUAAUAGCGAUGGGAUUCAAAUUUCGUUCUCACAGAAAUAUGGGAGACAUUUAAUCGCGACCAAGGAGUUCAAGCCUGGGGACAUCCUCACGAUGGAAAGACCAUUUUCGUGGGUUAUUUACAGAGAUAAGUUCUAUACACACUGCCAUCACUGCCUGGAGAGAUGCUAUGCUCUGCUGCCUUGUCCAGAAUGUCCAAUCUCCCAGUACUGCUCGGACAUAUGCAGAACGAAGGAUUGGGAUUGGGCCCAUAAAAUUGAAUGUCCAGUUCUCUCAGGCCUCGUAAAUCUUCUCAAUGUCGAUGAGGAUAAGGUACGAAUGGUGAUGAAGAUUAUCCGGAUGUUGAUGCCUGCAACAUUGAAUGGAAAAAAAAUUGAAGAGUUGAGGAGGGAUAUGAAGAACGCCGAGAUGAAUUCAGAUGACAGAACAGCUGGAUUUACUGAUUCGACCAUUCUGGAUAGCUCGAGUCCACGAUCAGCUCUGAGUUUGGCAACUAACAUGAUGACAAGGCCUAUUAUUGGAAUAAGUGCGUUCGCCUGUGUUUCGGCACUGGCUGCUAUGCUCCUAGCUACUCAAACCGAAUUCUUUGGAAGGAAGCACAAGUGGAAUGAGCUGAGGGACAUCAACAAAUUCCCCGAUAUCAAGUUCUGUGGAAGCUUGAUGCUCAGGGCCUGUGUCAUCACUUCUUCCAACUGUUUUUCAAUUCAACCAGAGCCAGGAAUUAAAUCCGGCUCAGGGCUGUACGUGACUCACAGUUUGUACAACCACUCUUGCGCUCCAAAUACCUUCAGACACUUUGAGGGACUCACCAUGAUAACUCGUGCAAUGGAGCCCAUUCAUGCUGGCGAUCAGAUAUUCACUGGCUAUGGGGCUGAUUACUCCUACAUGGAAUUAGCCAAAAGAAAGGAGAAACUUAUGGAGGAGUAUUUUUUCGAUUGUCAAUGUCCAGCGUGCAUCAAUGAUUGGCCGACUUACGAUGAGAUUCUGAAAAAUCACGUUGGUUCCAUCACGAAGAACAAAAAUCUCGUCCAACGUCUGAAACCAUACAAACAGAGAUUACUCGCUAAUAAAUACGACAUAGAGGCUGUCAGGGAAGUGCUUUGCAUACUUCAUGGUGAUGUCAAUAUGCCAUGCGAGGAGAUCCUACAUGGGGUUCAGUACCUCAGAAGUUUCUACUUGGGUAAAUUAGAUAAAAGUCGUUAAUCAUCGCUUAUUCGCUUUUCUCCUCGGCUACUGAUCCUCUUUUAACCCAGGCUCUCCGCUUUUCGCUUUCGUCUGCGUGAAUUUCAAUAGAUAUUUCAACGUUUUAUUGUGAUUUCUAGAUCCUUAGGACCGUGAGGAGAUUCUUCGUUCGUGGACCAUGGGUUCUUUUUUCUUUCUUCGAUUCAUGUAUUAUGCAAAUGUUACAAGUACCGUGACUAACUAAGUUACAUUGUACACAUUAAAGGUAGAAGAAAUUGUAUCUGAGUAGUGGGCAGCGACGCAGAAUAUUUUAUAAUAUUUUGGUGGUGAUUCGACACAUAAACAUUGAUACGUCAUGA